CAAUUACGAGGAGACUGGCAUUCAUCAAUCUAAGAACACAGGUGCACACAAUUCUGCAGUUUAAGAAUACGUUUAUGAAUCUGACAUAGAGUUUUCUUAAGGACUUUCUUAAGAACAACUUAAGAAAGAAUUUAAGAAAAUACUUAAGAAGGUAUUGGUGAAUGAGCCCCAAUGUGAGCCUAUCCUGCUUUGAAAGUGUGAUGUGCCCGUCCAACCGCAAACCACCGACAACAGCACAGGAGGGAGAAUCUCUGCAGGUCUGAAGCCUGGAGCUUGCAGACAGUGUCCAUGCUACAGAGACGACCCGUAAGCAAACAGAGAGCAACAAAGCAGGAAGGACCAGACACUUUUGUCAGCAGCUGUCACAGAAGACCUUGUUCAGUGUGAAGAGAAGUUCAACAAGGAGCCACAUUACCAUAAACCUUUAAACUUGAUGCACAAAAUGGAAGGUGACCAUGACAAUCGUGAGAUGGGGAUGAUGCCAUCGUCCAACAUGGAUGAAGACGUUGGUGGAAAUGGAGUGGGAGACCAUCUCAAUCACAACCCAGUCCGCAAACCAUAUGUGGCUCAAAAGUUUGGACGUACACCCAAGAACCUCUGCUUCAUGGCAGCUGCAACACUCCUCAUCUUUAUCAUUGGAUACUUAAUUGGCUACCUCGUCCAUCAAAAGAAGGACUUGGUUCCCAGCCCUGCAGUCUCCAUGCUCCCAACUGAACAACCUGUUCUCCAUGAGACCGGUGCUGCCCCUCUUAUGGACUGGGACGAUGUCAAAGAGCUUUUGGCCGAAAAACUCACUGCAAGCAAAUUUGAACCUGUCUUUAGUGAGUUUACCAGCAACAGCCAUCAGGCUGGUUCUCUGGGAGAUGAAGAUCUGGCGAACAAGGUGAUCACAAGGUUUAAAGAGUACGGCAUGAACACCUGGACUGAUGAGCACUUUGUUAAGGUUCAGGACCCCCCAGCUUCUGGCUCCAACAGAGUUGUUUUCAAGGACGGGAAAGAGGAGCGUCCAAACGGAUUCCUGUCCUACAGUGCUAAUGGAACAGUAACGGGUGCUGUUGUGUAUGCACACUAUGGGCAGGGAAGCGACUUCACGUUUCUGCAGGGCAGGAACAUCAACCUGAAUGGCAGGGUUGUGCUGGUCAGAGCUGGUAGGAUCAGUUUUGCUGAGAAGGUAGCCAAUGCUGCCAAAAUGAAUGCCUCUGCUGUGCUGAUCUAUGCAGACCCCUUGGAUUACUCUAUCGGAGACACCACUCAGCUCUUUGGACAUGUCCACAUGGGUUCAGGGGAUCCCUACACGCCAGGCUUCCCCUCCUUCAACCACACCCAGUUUCCUCCUGUCCAGUCUUCAGGUCUACCAACAAUCUUGGCUCAGACCAUCACAACAGCUAUGGCUACUAGCAUUCAGAGGGGGCUUGGGGGUCAGAGUGGGCCGGCAGAAUGGGCACUCUACCAUAAACUUGGAGACGACACAGAUGUUAUCACCGUGGAGGUCAACAAUGUUCUUACUGAGAAAAAGAUACAUAAUGUCUUUGGCGUCAUCAAAGGCUUUGUGGAUGCAGAUCGGUAUGUGGUCAUCGGUGCCCAGAGAGACGCAUGGGGUCCAGGAUUUGCAACAUCAACCGUUGGCACUAGCGUCCUCGUUGAGCUGGCUCGUUCCAUCUCAGACAUGGUGAAGAAUGAUGGAUUCAAGCCAAGGAGGACGAUUGUGUUUGCUAGCUGGACUGCUGGAGAAUAUGGGAGCGUUGGCGCCACCGAGUGGUUGGAGGGUUAUCUGUCUUCUCUGAACAUGAAAGCCUUCUCCUACAUCAACCUGGACGGUGUUGUAACAGGUCGCAGUGGAUUUAAAGUAGCAGCCAGUCCCUUGAUGCACGGCCUGAUCGAGAACACUCUGAAAGAGUUGAACUUCGGCAAGGAUCAGUCUCUCUUUACUCAAUUUGGAAAGGGCAACUGGGAAUCAGAUGUGUUGGAGCCUCUGAAGUUGGAUAACGCUGCAUAUCCUUUCCUGGCCUUCUCUGGCAUUCCCUCAGUCUCAUUUAGAUUCACCUCUGGUAACUCAGACUACCAAUACUUUGGCACAAUGCUGGACACCAGGGAGAAGCUGAACUCGGCCACGGCCAACCAGGUUCCUCAGCUGGCUGUAACAUCGGCCCGGUUCGCAGGUCACAUUGCGCUGAGGCUGGUCCAUGAUCAUCUGUUGCAGAUGGACCUGGGGAAGUACGAGAAGAUUAUACGUACUCAUGUGGCUCAGAUCAAUACGAAAUUGAAGAAUGUUCAGAGGAUGAAGCCCCAGCUGUUGCCCAAGGCGCUGACAGUGCAGUGGUUGAUCUCAGCCUAUGGCUCCUACAGCCGUGCCUCUCGCAACCUGGCAACAGAAAUCCAGAACAGUGACCUGGAGGACAUCGAGAUGUGCCGCAUCAUCAAUGACCGCAUCAUGGCGGUGGAAAGGAACUUCCUGUCACCCUACGUGUCUCCCAAAGAUAGUCCUUUCCGCCACAUCCUGCUGGGCUCUGGUCCCCACACUGUCACAGCUCUGUCCAACCAUCUCGACGCCCUCAGGAACGACGACCCCGAGUCUGACGCCGACUUGUUCCGCAACCAGUUUGCCUUGGCGACCUGGACCAUUCAGGGCUGUGCCAACUCACUAGCAGGCGACAUCUGGUCUUUGGAUAAUGAUAUCUAAAAAAAAUAUCCCCCCUCUUCCCUUGUUCAUGGUUUUGUCCCCUUAUCACAACUGGCAGUGUGAAAACCAGAACACAUCACCUAUGUUCCAAAAUUUUCAACAUUUCUGCUGCCUCAUCUCCCUCCUUUCUGUAAUUCUCCAUAAAGCCAAACAUUAAUGAUAAAAUGUGUGUAAGCCUUAUGAACAACAAAACCGUUCAGUUGUUUCAGGAGGUUCUUUUUUUCCACUGCUUUAGAAAGAGAAAUUCUUUAAUUUUAACAUGUGGCACUUGAAUACCACAAUAUUGAGAACUUGAAUGCUAGUAACAACGAGACAGCACAGAACACCAAGAAGUAGAUUACUACCACAACAUACAUUAUUUUGGGCAAGGUUUUGAUUUUCAAAGAAGCUGCUAGAUGUGUGAAUAGUUAAUACUCCUUAUGAUUCAACAGUGAUGGUGGUGCUGACAGUGCAGACCAUUUUGAGAGGCUCAAGACAAUUCAAAGAAAAUUGUUGUUGUGACAGUGCUUGACCAGGUGAUGGAGACAAAGUAAACCAUAUGUUUUUCUUUUACUUCAAAAGGAGUACAAUGUGUAACUUCAUUCAUUUGUCAGUUUUGGAUUGUUGGGUGAAGCAGCAACUAAUAAUUUGAAUUGAAUGUUUUAGAAUUCAUUAUAGGAACCAAAUCACUCUGCUCUGUUUGUUGAGGCUGCAGCCACUAAGUGUAGUAAUAUUGCAAAAUUGUGGCAUGUUCCUUUAAGAGUGGGCUGACAGCCUGAAUGUGGAGCAGAGAUGUGAGAGAAAUAAAGAUGCCUCACCUCGCUGCUGAUUCUUUCUGCAAUAAACACCACAAUGAUAGAUAUGAGCAGGAUUUGUAGUGGGGUAAGUAGAGAUAUGUCAUAACAUAGUAUUAACAGGAAAUGUCCGAAGAUGGUUUAGUUUUACUAUAAACUAUACUUGUUUUUACUUAUAGGCUAAAAAAUUCAAUAAAAGCCUAUUUACACAACAAUGAAAAUAGAUAAAGAUAAUAAAAAUAUUUCUAAAUAAACAAGCAAUUUGUCAAUUAUGCAUGAUCUUUUUGGUAAUACUUUAGCAUUAUUAGUGUUUUCUAUUUUGAAUAUAUUCUAAGUGUGAUACAUUUUUGACACCCCUGCCUUUUCUCGUCUUUUUAAAG